AUGGAGACGAGGCAAGGGAACAGUACAAGCGUCACGCUUUCCCCGGGACGCUUCCUAACACGAAUAAAUUUGCUGGGACCAAAAACAUUAAACGAUGUUUUCUUCCUCAUCUUUAGCGGAUACCAUCCCCAUAUCGGUUGUACAAAGGACUCACAAAAAAUGAAAGCAGUUUUCAAGCGACCAGGGCUGGCCGAUGUUAAGAGUGACUACCAGCAGACUUACACGCUCCACGAUGGCGCGAAGCCGCGCAAUGCGAGGAAACCUCUCCCACGACUGAGAAACCCCAACCCACCCCCCAUGGAUUUCAGAACUGUUCAAAGACUCGACUUCAUUACGAGGAAAUCUGAACCGCAAUCGAGCUGCAAGUUUGUGGAAGAAUACAAAAGACCAGACGCAAAAAUAGACGGAAAGACCGUGUAUGCACAAGACUUUGUUGACCGAGGCCCUUCAGAAGUGGUGAAGAUAACUCGACCACAGACUGUCACGCAAGGUCAGGGGCUGAAAUUCCAAUCCGCUACCACUCACAACCAAACGUUCACGCCCAAAGUGCCUAUUCCGCAAGCUCCGUUUGCCGAACUUCCGUGUUACACGGGCGCUAUCCUAUAUCCUGAAAAAUUCGGAAAGUAUGACGUGAAAACGUGGAAUCAAGACGUGUACCGUGGCAAGUUCGCGCCGCGUCCCGACGCGUUCAAGCCGAAGGAGGCACAGGUGACCAUUGGCAUCGAAGGAGAUCACUUUCUACGGACGGUUCACAAGGAUGAGUACAAGACGCCAGACAAUGACGCGAGACCGGAGAUGAAGAUUCGCCAGCCAACGCUGAAGACGCAAAAACGCGCCAAGUUUCAGAGCGACACCCAAGCCAAGAGCGACUUUCCGGGUUUUGGCGCGAAAAUGCCUUUGCCGCCUAAACCCAUUUCACCGCCCCCUGCCACACUCAGACUGGCCAUGGACAACGCGCAAGAUUUUGAGACAACCAAUAAGCAGUUUUACAAGAUCACGUGGGAUCCGAGUAAGAUUGAACGCACGAAACUGCUGAAACCGGACGGCGGAGAUUACGUUUCACCGGAUACAAAAUUCGCCACCACCACCAUCACCAAAGAAGACUUCAAACAGAAGGAAGCGGUCAGGGCACCUAAGAUAAGACCGCCUUCGAAGAUCGAGCAGAGCAGAGCGAAGUUCUUCGACGAGACCGCUUACAACGCGCAAUUCAAGCCGUACAGCAAAGUACCGUACGUCCGCUACGGCGACCUCCACGAGAGAAGCUUUUACCACAAGCCAGUGGUGAAAUUCCACACGGACGGUUCCGUAACGACACAGGACUUUAAGGGGGCUGAAGGCGGACGGCCAAGAACGAGUCUCAAACCGGAAGAGAGGUUCGAGAAGUCCACUGACAAGAUGCCUGGUGCGACAGCUUACAAUGAGGCUUACAACCGCAAGAAGCUUCCCGAGUGUUCGUACGUAGAAUGGAUGAACAAACACUUGGCAAAGAAGGCAUUGGCUACAGUUUGAUAUGAAC